AUGGAACCAGCUGGUCUUGCCGUUGGCAUCGUCGCCCUCGCCGGCCUAUUUAACAACGCUGUAGACUGCUUCGAAUACGUCCGCCUUGGUCGCGCGUUUGGUGUCAACUUCCAGACUAGCCUGCUCAAGCUAGGUCUUGCGCGCCUGCGAUUGUCGCGUUGGGGCGAGUCCGUUGGAUUGGCUGGCGACAUCGACAGCGCUCACAGCAUCCAGCAAGCAUCAGGACUGCUAGAAGAUGUCACCGGAGCCGAAACCUUGCUGUCACAGAUAAUGGUUCUCUUUGCAAACGCAGAGGGUGUUUCCAUGGAAUACAGAAGUCGUACAGGAGGACCCGAUGCGAACUUCGCAAUUCUCGACGUAGCCACGGACAUGAGGCCCCUAGGGCAGUCAUUACACGCGAAGAUGCGCGCUCUAGCUAUAAAGCGUCAGAACAACACCCCUUUGCGACAAAAGGUUCAAUGGGCACUAUAUGAGGAGAAGAGCUUCAAGGAAUUGAUCAAAGACGUCACCGAUCUUGUCGACGGUCUUGUGAGAUUGUUCCCCGCGGUACGCGAAGAGCAGCGCAGGCUGUGCAGAGCGGAAGCUUCUGCCAUCGGCUCUAAGGACUGCCUUUCUGUUCUCGAAGAAGUCACUGCACAACAGGACAAGGAUCUCAAUCAAGCCUUGGUUGACGCCUUGCUCUCGAAAGACAACCGAAGCAUGUCAAUCAAUAACUACAACUCUACCAUCGGUCAGUUCAACGAGACGAACCAAGUUUACGGCACUCAAGUCUUCAACUUUUGA